UACCCACAUGUCCUUCUGUCAUUUUGCUUCGUUCGUUUCCUUUUCUCGUGUUGUAGUGUGUUUUAUUUCUGCUUUUUCGCUAACCAAAUAACCUAGAAUGGAGGUAAAACCCACCACUAACGGUGUAGGGGUGACUGGGAGGGAUCCUACUUCUGUCAAAUUAUUCAUAGGACAAGUUCCUAGGACUUGGGAAGAGAAAGAUCUUCGUCCUAUCUUUGAACCUUUUGGCUCAAUCCAUGAACUUACGAUCCUCAAGGACAAAUAUACCGGUAACCACAAAGGAUGUGCUUUCUUAACGUUUUCCUCAAGAGAAGCUGCUAUAAAUGCGCAAAAGAACUUACACGAGAAGAAAACUUUACCCGGGAUGCACCAUGCUAUACAGGUAAAACCAGCUGACAGUGAAACUAGAUCAGAGGAUAGAAAACUUUUUAUUGGUAUGAUAUCAAAGUCUGCCAAAGAGGAAGAUGUUCGUAUGAUGUUUUCACCAUUCGGCACAAUAGAAGAAUUAACGAUUUUGCGAAAUGCCGAUGGAACCAGUAAAGGUUGUGCCUUUGUAAAAUACAGCAACAGGAUGCAGGCUCAAAGUGCUAUUGCUAACAUGCAUAACAGUCGAACAAUGGAGGGUUGUUCAUCACCAGUAGUAGUUAAAUUCGCAGAUACAGAAAAAGAAAAAUUACAAAAAAAGAUGCAACAGAUGGCAACAUUUGGAGGGAUGGCAUUUGGCAAUCCUACUGCUUUCCCUAUGGCAUAUGGCUCUGCCAUCACACAACAGCUUCAACAGGCAGCAAAUGCAGGAAUUCAACCUGGUUUCAACAUGAUUCCCGGCAUCAACCCAGUGCUUCAAUCUGGAAGUCUUGGGGCAUUAGUUGCAGCAACAGUAAUGGCACAACAGCAACAACAGCAGCAACAGGUACCAAGCAGCGGCACAAGUGGGGUCACUUCCAGUACAGCAAACACAAUGUCAAAUGCAUCACCCUUGGGGGUUGGUAUGCAAGGAAUUGGAGGGAUCCCUGGUCUAGGAAUGAAUGCUAAUGCAGCCAAUCCAGCAGCUCUUGCUUCAUUAGGAAUGGGAAACAUGGGGGGUUUAGUUGGUGUAAACAAUCUAACAGGCAAUGUCGAUGCUCUGUCACAGGCGUACUCUGGAAUUCAACAGUAUAGUACAACAUUUCCCACAAUUUACAAUCAUGCUUUAUAUCAACAACAAGCUACAAGACAACCUCAGAAAGAAGGUCCUGAAGGAGCUAAUUUAUUUAUUUAUCAUUUGCCACAAGAAUUCUCAGACGCCGAUCUUUUGAAUACAUUUCAACGGUUUGGUAACAUUAUAAGUGCCAAGGUCUUUAUAGAUAAAGUAACUAACACGAGCAAAUGUUUUGGUUUUGUAAGUUAUGAUAAUCCUCAGUCUGCCACCAGUGCCAUUACACACAUGAAUGGUUUUCAAAUCGCAACCAAACGACUGAAAGUACAAUUGAAGAGACCCAAAGAUGCCAACCGUCCAUACUGAGAUCACGUGACUGUGUACUGAUUGUCUGUGCGUCCUCGUCCUUUGUAGCAGUGGCGGUGACCUUUUCGCAUGUCCGUGGGUAGUGUGCAUGUGAUCAGCACGUGAUACCAAGUACUGAUGCACGUGAUCGUAGUUGUACUUUGUACUUUGUGUACAUUUUCGUAGUGUUGGAGGCGUUUUCUCUGUUGCCUCUGUUGUAGUGGUGAAGGGCUUAAUUUGUCAGAUAACUUAGCUUGUUUAAUCGAUUAACUUGUCAUGCACAGCAUAAUCCUUAUUUGUAGUUUGUCUCGUGUGUGGAGCUUAGUGCGAACUCGGAAGGGGAUUUUUUUUUCGGUAUCAAAACGUGCAAUAAAUUUUCCGAGGAUUUUCUUAAGAAUGUGAAACCGCAAUAUUUUUAUUCAGUUGACGAAUUUGUCCAAAUAUUUCAAAUGUCCCAAAUCCUUGUCAUCUCGAACCUCCAUUAUCCAACCUUUAAACUUUCAAAAUUUUAAUCCAUUUUUUUACGUUUGUUCUCAAGGCAAUAACCGACCAAAUAUGGCUUGUUGUUUCUCACUAUGUUCUUGUAUACCAAGCAAGAAUAACGAUAAAACUUACAGAACGUACACCAAUAUGGCAGCAAUGACGUGACAAUCAUACUCAUCACCAGCCACUCUACUCUCAUUCUCCCAGUCGUAUCUCAAGCUCCACACUCGAUUCCGUAGUUUUGCAAUGUAAAUUAGCAGAAGACAGUCCCAGUCCCUUAGCUAGACACCGCACGCACGUCUAUUGUCGGACGUGUGAGGUCUAGAUACUAGAUUGGUGUGAGCAAUAUAAAUAUAAUCGUCUUGUAGUGUCGACACAGCUGUGUUGUGCCGGUAGUCAGUUUUCGGUAAAGAUUGAGUGUAAUGGUUUUUUAAAAGCCAUUUUAGGUGGUCAAGUCGUAUGUUUAUUGUUCUGUAUUUACUCGUCUUCGUCCCUUCAUCUUCCAAAGCAUAUUUAUGAAAUAAACUCGCAUUUUUUGCUGA